CGAUUGCAGGCUCCUCAAUCGACGUAGACAAACUGAGCGUGAUAUAUAAUCGUAUAGUACAUAGCAUACAAACUCACCGGGUGAACAUGGCUUUGAGUCGAGCCUUGCAUUUUGUAUUCAAAGUGGGUGACAGAAGCAAAACGGCCACCUUUUACCGAGAUGUGCUCGGCAUGAAGAUUUUGCGUCACGAAGAGUUUGAAGAAGGAUGCAAGGCCACUUGUAAUGGCCCUUAUGAUGGAAAAUGGAGCAAGACAAUGGUCGGCUUUGGUCCAGAAGAUGAUCACUUUGCGGCUGAGCUGACCUACAAUUAUGGAGUGGGAGAAUAUCGCCUUGGCAAUGACUUCCUGGGUCUGACUCUGCAGUCUAGCCAGGCUGUCAGUAAUGCUAAGCGGCUUGGUUGGCCCCUCACUGAGGUUGGAAAGGCCCUCUAUCUGGUUGAGGCUCCAGGAGGUUAUCGCUUCUACCUGGUGGACAAAGAACAGCCUCCUAAUGAUCCUGUACAGAAGGUGUGUCUGGCAGUGUCUGACCUGCAGAAAUCAACACACUACUGGUCCUCCCUUUUGGGGAUGAAGGUGAUAGAGAGACAUGAGGAGAAGACUGUGCUGAUGGGAUUCACAGACACUCAGUGUAAACUAGAGCUUCACAACAUUAGUGGGACAGUAGAUCAUGGGACAGCCUUCGGGCGGAUAGCGUUCUCUUGUCCACGUGAGCAGUUGGCAGAUCUUGAAGCCCUGAUGACAAAAGAGAACCAGAAAAUCCUUACUCCCUUGGUUAGCCUGGACACCCCUGGGAAGGCAACAGUAGAAGUGGUCAUUUUGGCUGAUCCAGAUGCCCAUGAGAUCUGCUUUGUGGGAGAUGAGGCAUUCAGACAACUCUCCCAGAUGGACCCCAGUGGAAAUGCGUUGCUGGAUAAGGCUAUGGCUGAAGAUAAAAGCGAUGACUGGUUUGCCAAGCACAACAAGCAGAAGGCUUCAGCAUAAGUGCGAAGAACAUAGCUUAGCCAUCAUGGGUCUUCUGGACAUUUCCAACCUUUUGCCCCAUAUAUGGCAUUACCCUUCCAGCGGCACAAUGUCAGUAGAUUUUACUCAACCAGAAGUAUUAUUUUGAGAUGCUUAGAAUGAGACUGAAAGUGUAGCUGUAUUUGAGUCUUACUGUGGCAGACGCUUGAUGAUCAUAGACCACUUAUAUUAACCUUGUUUGUGUAUGCAUUGAAAAGAAUUGUACCUCUUCAGCUCAAUGACAUGAGUAAAACACUAAUACUUGUGACUUCAUGAGAACAGUGCAUUUAUGGUGAAGAGUAAUAUCCAUUUGAAGUCCUCACACUGCCAAAUUGUAGGUAAAGUUUUGUGAAAUGUGCAGACAUUGGUGGGCGGCCCUUGGUUGAAAAACCAAUGAAACGAGGGGGUAUAUGCAUAUCUCUUGUGGUGUAGAAGCUGUGUCAUGUCAUGCUCAUUGAACUAUCAAAUGGGAAAAUCAAACUGAGCAAUAUAAAAAGGGGAUGACAUUAACAUUUUCUUGAAGAUGGGAGAACUGCCUCACCUUUGCUAACUCACUCCAACUACCAUUUUCUAGUGAUCCCCUUUCUUUGGCAUGAGAUGAAUGACACUGAAUAAGAAAGUGUCUAGUUCAUUUUUAAACUAGCUGUUCUUGAGUGGUUAUGCUGCAUAAUAAAGGGAGAAACAUA